GCUAUAUUUUGAACGUGCCUAGCUGUAAAAAGGUAAAACAAAAAGGCGAGACCUGUCAUAAACAAAAACAAGUGAUACAAAAAAUUGCAUACUAAGGACGUUGAAAUAACUUAAUAGCUACGGAGAAAGGUGUGGUGAGAGUAAUGAAUUAAUUACGAUAUAUAGAUAAAAAAAAGUAGCGAAAAAUGUGUGAUACGAGUAAUAAACGAUAAAUAAAAAAAUACUAAAUAACACAACGUCGAAUACGGUAAUACGGUACUAAAGUUGCCAAUUUUUUAUGUCACUUAAGAAACUUACGCGACACCCUUGCGUUUAAUAGACAACCCUUUAAAACUACACGAACAAUAUUCGCAACAUAAAGUCGUUUUCUCAGUGUUCCGAUUGAAAGCAUUUUGGAUCGGGCAAUGAAAUUAAACGGAUCUCCGAUAAAGAUGAUGAGACUAAAAGCGUAUCUAAAGGAUGGCAUGAAUGCGGCGGCGGUAAUGAGUCUGGGCGACGCUAUAGCCCAGUUCCUUUUCGAUAAGAAACCGUUGGACGAAUUGGAUGCGGGGCGAACUCUUCGAUUCGGCAUUCUUGGACUGGUGUUCGUUGGCCCAGCUUUGCGGCGGUGGUACCUUUUUUUGGAGUCCCGGAUUUCCAAAACUUAUUCGCCAAUGCGACGCGGCGUUACCAAGAUGCUGGUGGACCAGGCCCUCUUUGCGCCACCCUUUACAAUGGCCAUGUCCUUCCUGGUGCCACUGGCCAACGGGGAACCCAUCGACCGAAUACGGCAGCGCAUUCUUGACAGCUACCCCUCUAUUUUGAUCCGCAAUUACAUGCUCUGGCCGGCCGCACAGAUAUUCAACUUCAGGUUUGUGCCGCUGGGCUACCAGGUGCUCUACGCCCAGUUCAUUGCCCUCGUAUGGAACUGUUACCUCUCCCUGAUUCUUAAUAGCUAGGCACUAAGUAUCCCCACCCGCAUUCGUAAUACAGUGUCUAUGUUCCAAUAAAAUACACAUUACAAUGUAUUUAUAACACGUAA